CUUCCCUACCCGCCCCAGGUCCGCCCUCCUCCCAUCCUCAUCUUCACCCUCAUCCUCAUCCCUCCGCAACCACCUCCCUGCUCAACAGUAGAAAGAGCGACCGGAAUUUCCCCACUAGCAACUCCAUUGCGUGCUUGUCGCGACUCUUGAUAAUGACAUCGACAACUUUGCUCACACUUCCGAUCGACAAGUCUUUCUUAAAAUCGUCUCUUCGGAAGAUGAUUAUACCCCUCACAUAUACCCCUAGCUCAGAGGUACUCCUUAACGCCGCAUCUGAGAGCCCAUCGGCCAUCCCUUCAAAUGUAACGCACUCCUCCCUUCGCCCCUCCACCCCUCUCUCCCCUCUGCUCCGCAAGCACCGUCCAGUAUCCAUUGUCAGCCCUCGCUCCAUCUGGACCGCCCUCGCCUUCGCAUGUAUCACCCUUCUCACCGUCAUGUCCCCUUCCGCAGGGGUUGAUGCCGCCCCCGCGAAAAAUAUCCCUGCGCCCAACAACUUGGCCAAAGCCAUGUCCUUCAGUCUCUCCGAGACUUCUGCACUCCCUCUCCAACUCCAGAUCGAGGCCCAAGUCGCAGGUAAACAACAAUUGGCCUACCUCCCCACAACUGGCCCCAGCCUGGACUUUUACUACCUUAACUACCGUCCGACCUACAUUGCCAGCGAGUCCAAGAUCGACUUCUGGAUGCUGACACCCAAGGAUACCCCUGCGCCCAAGACCGCAUCUCUAGAACUGUACGACGAAUACGGAAAGAUCCAUCUGGUUACCUUGGUCCCCGAGGGAACCGAGAUCCCGCAGGCGAUCGCGAACAAGAACGAGCCCUUUCUUUGGAAGUCCUGGGCUAUCCCCAAGACCCUCAAGGCUGACUUUGAUUUCUCGGAAAAGUUCAGGGUGGUCCUAAAGACCUCGGACUCCAAGCCUGCGCACGCUGUCGUGAACAAUAUCAACAAGCGUUUCGACUCGAUCUUUGAAUUGCUGGCCCGCGCGAAGAACAAGCACAUCCCUACUGGAGACAAUGCCAACGCCCUGAUGUCCUUCACCAGCCCGGACGAUCGUGCUGCCGUGGCCCAGGAUCGCCAGUUCCACAUCAGGGGCCUGAAGGCCACGCCCGGUGGUAAGUCCAAUCCUGCCAAGUUGCGCGUCAACAGCGUCGCCCCUGCUGCCAGCCAGGUAUCUGGUGUUUCAACUGCCAUGGCCGGCGUGUCCUCUCAAGGCGUAAGCUCGAAUGGAAGCGAUAUUAUCACCAUCACGCCUCUGUUGAACAAGUACAAUGGCGAGAAAAAGGCAUCCGCCGUCGCGCCCACCAACACAAAUAGCCAGACCUUCGUGACGCUGGCAGCCAUGGUCGUUGCUCUCCUUCUUGCCUUGUAGAUAUCUGUUCCAUACCUUUUCAUGCCACCUUUCCAUUUUUCAUAUCCAUCAGAGAAUUUUAUCUGCUACUGCCUUUACCCAUGUACCCUCAUGCCUUGACGCAUUUACCUACUAUACUAUAUCUUCUUCAUUUAGCAGCAAUAAUGAUAUUCGUUCCAUGCUCGAAUUAAUGGUGUAUUUCAAGUUUUGUACAAGGCGGAAAUGUUGGCGCAGGAACGAGAAAAAGAGGGAAUAUGACAAGGACUACGCUUUCGUAGUUUGAUGUACAAAACUUUACAUUUCUACUUCACGAGAGAAUGUAUGAAUGAUGAAGAAGGGACGCGUCGAGUCCCUCAAAAAAAAAAAAAAAAAAAAAAA